AUGUUGGCCAGGUUUCUCAUCUUGUUUCUAUUAGUAAUAACGACCUUUGCCAGUCCUGCGCGCCCCAAGUUCAAGAAAGGUCUCGUGAAAAGAAAGAUACCCAAUAUCAGUGCAACCGAAUUCCCUGGGACCCGGAGACAGCAGGUGAUAGAUGGGUUCCGCGAUGCAUUCAAAUUGGCCGAUGCGAUCAGUGAUAUGCCCGAGUCGGUAUCUAAGACUAUCGUUAAAAACUGGUUCAACGAGAUUGAUUACGACAAAGUCAAGAGAUCAUACGACAAGAUCCUCGGUGGUGCAAAGGGAACGUCCGGCCGAGAUCUUCAGGAGGGAAAUCCAAUGCUGGCCCAGAUCCAUGUGCUCAGUGACCGCCAUCCACAAUACAAGGCGGAGUGUCAGAGACAAGCCAGCAAGCCGGGCUCUCAACUUGGCGCCUUUCUAAAAGACGGCCACACCUCGACGCCGACGAUGGUGAUUUGCGAUGCCGCAUUCUACACGGGGGGCAUUGAUAAGAGUUACGACUGUAUUGAGGCGGUGACGUGUGCAUCUAUCGGCCGCGAAGUGUCCCUGAGCAUGCUUACGCUCGGGUCCACCAUUCUCCAUGAAUUGACGCACUGGGCCAAUAUCAUGUAUGAUGUGGCGACAGAGGACCUCACCAAGUCUAUGCAAGACGCUCGCUUUGGAAAUACUGCUUUGGGCACUUCGAAGGAGAAUGCGUAUAAGAAUGCCCAGAGCUAUGAAUGGUGCGCAAACCAGCUUUUCUGGACUUGGAAGUGCGAGUUGCCUUACGCAUAA